AUGUGCACACCGUCGGUAGUCAAGGCUCUUAGUGAACCUCCGUUUGCGAAGCGUACGUCGGCUCUGCUGUUGGGAAUAGAAGGCCACGUGUGCAUCCAGCAAACGUGCUUGGAUUUGUUAGAACAAGGGUACGAUGUUCACCUGCUGGUCGAUGGGAUUGCAAGCCAGAGGCUGGAGAAAUCUGGCGUGUUCAUUGCCACUGCCGAGGCUGUUUUAUUCGAGCUAAUGCACGACAGCAUAUACGAGCGCUUCAAGGAGGUAUCACGGCUGAUCGUGGAGUCGAACCGCGCUGCGUGUGCGGCUGUGGAGACGUAG